CUGUCAGUAUCAGCCAAACAGCUGCACAAUACGAACUGCAAUAAUUCGCCGUGAGACCUUUCACGGGCCGCCAAAUUGUAUCAGUCCGCCGUGCGGUCCGUCCGUCUGUGUGUGUGUCUGUGUGCCGGAACGGGCGGGCCGGAGCGGCGGGCCGGCCGGACAGGGGUGGCGGACGCCGAACGGCCGGCCGCCAGUCUCGAGCCGCCGCCGCCAGUGUCCGCCCGCUGUCCGGUGUCCGCAGACGCGCUGUCCGCCGGGAGCUGGCACGGUGUGCUGUGUCCGCAACACCGUCAUGCUCAGCUCCAUGGCGUUUGACGAGCCGUGGCGCGUGUAUUCGUCACCGUACGACCACCUGCGGCCCUCACAGGACAAAGUGAAUGUGGUGGAGGCGCUGCAGGAGUUCUGGCAGCUGAAGCAGGCGCGGGGGGCGCAGCUGAAGAACGGCGCCCUGGUCAUCUACGAGUCGGUGCCGGCCUCGUGUCCUCCCUACGUCUGCUACGUCACCUUACCGGGGGGCAGCUGCUUCGGCAGCUUCCAGAACUGCCCGACCAAGGCGGAGGCUCGGCGGAGCAGCGCCAAAAUAGCGCUGAUGAACUCUGUUUUCAACGACCACCCGUCCCGCUGCAUCUCGGACGAGUUUAUCGAGCGAGCCAUCGGUGACGCCAGGACCACCUUCAAUGGCAGCCAAGACGUGGCCGAUAAUCCCAACACGGGCAUCGGCGCGUUCCGCUUCAUGCUGGAGGCAAACAAGGGCAAGACGAUGCUGGAGUUCCAGGAGCUGAUGACCGUCUUCCAGCUGCUACACUGGAACGGGUCACUGAAGGCGAUGCGCGAGCGGCAGUGCUCCCGACAGGAGGUGGUCGCUCACUACUCGCACCGUACUCUGGACGAUGACAUGAGGUCGCAGAUGGCGCUCGACUGGAUCGCGAGGGAACAGGAGAUGCCGAACGUGCUGGCCCAGGAGCUGCGCGCCGCCGACGCCGAGCUGGAGCAGGCCCGGCGAGCCGGCAGAGAGCUGCGCUUCCCCAAGGAGAAGAAAGACAUCCUGAUGAUGGCCUGUGCACAGCUCAGUGGCAUCGACUCGGUGUAAAAACGGCGUCGAUUCGGUGUAAAGACCAGCUGACUGGGUCGACUCGGUGUUAAUAGCAGCUGUCCGGAUCGAUUUGGUGUCAGAACCUUGAAGCUACGAUCCAGCGUACGACUCUGGAUCUUCAUCAGUGCAACCGUCUUCACUUGCUCCUCUCAGACAAUAACGAUUAGCGCUGCCCAUGCGUGAGGUCGAGCAAGAUCAGUGUUGAGGCUAGCUGAGUGAUUUUAGCUGAGAUUCGAUGACUUGUGAGGGGAAAUGGCAGGCGAGGACUGAUCUCAGAGAGCGCCGUCCGGUCCUGGCUGAACUGUCUCCACGAGGACGGCGGACCGAGCCGGACCAGUGGAGGUGUGGGGUGUGACAUCGACGUUCGGACCGAUAGAGGAACACUGAAGCGUAGAGCCAGUGGCUAGCUCGGCAGCCUGCCUCGUGGACUGAAGGACCAGCUACUCACGAGUGUCCGUGAUUGGUUAGCGUUGACGUUUCGCCACAUGGUCAUGUAUGAAUGCAUGUAGUGAUGCUCUAGCACGUGGCCGCUAACUUCGCCCUUAGCGAGUUGUGUCCGAGUUGCACGCACGUGCAUUGAUAAUGCGUUCUUUCAUGUGAUAUUGUAUCGGUAAAAAAGUCACGGCUUUGCUGUCUUCUGAAUGUGAGCUGCAAAGAUGGCUUAUACCAGGCACAAACGUAAGGUGAAUAUGAGUGUAAGUUUUGUUUGCAUUUAUCUGUGUGGCGACUUAGUAAAAAUGGUGGCAUAAUAAGAUACGCGUAGGUAGGUACUCCUCGCAGCUAAAACAUUCACGUAUCUCAUAGCCCAUUGACUAGCAGAAUCGGUCCAAGUUGGUUGGAAUUUGGAUGAGUGCAUUUUGUUCUGUAAUCGGUUUUUAGUGGUGUUGCACCAGCCAACAGGCCCUUUUUACAGCUGAUUUUUGCAUUGCCAUGUCGCCUUGUGACUGAUGCCUGCUAGCCAUCGUUAUUGUGUUCGCUUUUGCUGCGCGGAGCCGCCUUGUUAAUGCUUCAGCGAUUUGUAUAUUAAUACACAGUGAAUUGAUUGACCA